AUGAGGGUGGUCGAUCCAAAUGAGGGUUUACUUGUAAAAGCCUUUGUGAAGGGGCUCCGUGCCAAUUCUUUCGGUGAAUCCUUAUAUCGGAUUCCUCCAAAGACCUUAAUGGAGAUAAGACAAAGAGCAGCAGUGGAAAUAGAGACUGAAGAGGCCAUGCGACACAAAAAAGCAGGAGAUAAGAGGGCGUUGACAAACACCAGGAGUGAACGGGAUGUCAAAACUUUCCGAAGAGAAAGAACUCCACCUCGCCCUAGGACCGAUCGCAGAACACUCGGGAGCAGACCGAACGCUUGGUGUAAAUUUCAUCAGGCAGGAGGUCACGAUACCAAUUCAUGCUAUGCUCUAAAUAACCAACUCUCUGUGUUAGCAGAUAAGGGGAUCAUGGGAAAAUAUAUAAAAGCAUAUGUAGAUGUACAACCAUCCAGAACUCAUUCCGCUACCGAUUUGCAUGAAACACCCGUACUAGGAGAUUUCAAUACAAUAGUAGGGGGCUUUGCGGGAGGUGGUCAGACCAGCUCGGCUAGGAAAAGAUACGUCAGGAGUGUCAUGACCACCGCCAAAAUUGAAAGGCCGAAGAAAGUUCCGGACAUUGUGUUCUCGAGCGAAGAUCUGAAAGGAGUAGUCCCGCAUGAAGAUGAUCCUAUAGUACUAUCUGUUAUCAUGAUGGGAAGGAAUGUUCAUAGAGUACUGAUUGAUCAAGGUAGUUCGGCAGAUGUGAUGUUCUGGAACACCUUUGUAGGGCUGCAAAUACCGAUAUAUCAAUUACGACCUUUUGAUGGAGUACUUGUUGGUUUCUCGGGAGAUCAGGUGGAAGUCAAAGGGUAUGUUGAUCUUAGAACAACGUUUAGAGAAAAAGAGGAUGCAAAAACUAUAUUUAUACACUAUAUAGUUGUGAAUGCGCCUUCAUCAUAUAACUUGCUAUUGGGAAGGCCCUCUAUUAAUAAAUUGGGGGCCGUGAUAUCGACAGUUCACCUGAAGAUGAAGUUCCCUACCAAUGAUGGGAAAGUAGUCACUUUGGCAGUGAAUCAAGAAGUGGCUCGCAAAUGUUACGAAGACAGUCUCAGGACAAGAAGGAAGGUAGCAUAUUCAAUUAGCACAACGGAAGUAGUAGUAGAUCCCGAGUUAGAUCCAAGAUUAGUACAUUCCGAAAGAAGACCUCAGCCUGUGGGAGAGAUAAAAGAAAUAUUUAUAGAAGGCAAGAAAUUAAGGAUUGGAGGGGAUUUGGAUCUGGAACAAGAGCAACAAAUUGUACAAGUAUUGAAGAAUAAUCUUUCUUCAUUCGCUUGGAGUGUAGCAGAUAUGACGGGAAUAGAUCCUGAUUUUUUAUGUCAUAAACUCAACAUCAAUCCUUCGGCUAAACCUAAAGCUUAG